AUGUCUUCGCUACCACAUGGGCUUUCGACCACGAUUCAGAUACUCCAGCUCGUUGUCGGUUUCUGCGCCGUUAUCCUCGCAGCCUUCUGUGCCGUCUGUUUCGGCGCCCAGUGUGCAUACUGUUUUGUGUGGUGGUCGUUCCCUUGUACUCUCAUCAUCUGCAUUCUCCGAUGGUGGAGCGAGGAUUUUUACGAAUCUAGAAAAGAACAAGUUGUUCAUCUGGCCUUCGAACUGCUCAGUCUAAUCUCCUGGCUGGCCACCACAGGCGUCCUCAUCGCGUUGAACAUACGUCUUCACAAUCUGUCCGAAACCUAUGCAUAUGAUGUUGCCAAUGGGAUUCAACUCACUGCAGAGCUGAUGCAGUUUCAAUUCACCGACCUUGGUUUGGCUGGGCUGUACUGUAGCUAUGUGCUCAAUGCCGUCUCGGGUAUUCUUUGGUAA